AUGUUGGAAAUUGAACAUGGCAAUAUAAUUUCUAUUUCUAAAUGUGAAAAACUUUUGGAUGAAUCUAUUAUUGGAGACACAUGUUUGGAUGUUUAUGAUAGCUCUCCUACAGAGGGUCAACCAGAAAUUGAAAAAUUCUAUAGGGAAAAUUACUGUACAAUUUUCUCAUAUUUAAAGAAAAUUAAUUAUCACAGAAAUGAAUAUAAUAUAUCAAUAGAAGCUGCAUUAAUAUAUUUAUAUUAUUGGAUAUACAUUAAACAUACAAAUCACGCUAGAACAUACAAAAUCUAUGAUGUUUUUAAAGCAUUUCUCAAUGGAUAUGAGGCACUAUAUAAAACAGAGGAAUACAAGGCUUAUAUAAAUAAGGUAAUUAGUAAUCAUCAAUUGAAAAAACUCGAAUCUAUUUUUGAUGUAUAUAUCUGCCUCAAUAAAAAAAUGGAUGAUGAAGAAAAACGAUAUUGUGACACAUUAAAAAAUAUUAUAGAUCAAUAUAAUACAGAAAUAGAAUCUAAAAGGAGUAAAAUGGAAUCAACUAACAUACAAGCAUAUAAUAGAAGUUAUAAUGCAGCUUCUAUUAUUAUAACUGUUGUCAUAAUGAUGUUUAGCUCAUAUGGUUCUUGCAUUCGCCGUAGAAUAAAUAAUAUAAGAAAAAUAUGGAUUCAUAAAGAUAAAGAAUGGAAUAUAUUACAAUCUCCUGAAUCAUUUGACAGUAACUCAUGGAAUUAUAAUUACAAUGUAAUAUAA